AUGCCAACCCUUAAACUAAGCACGGCUGUUUCACUCCUUCACCACAAAAAAUUAGCCCACACAAUCACCACCACCUCCGCCACCCACCCCACCACCUUUCUCACUCCUCACUCUCUCUCUCUACCCCCAUAUAGCAAUGACAGUUGGCGCACUUCCUCCACUCGCGUCUCUAGAUCCGAUUCGCCGCAUUCAGCUUCUUCUCCCGGGUCGGGUUUCAUGUCCGAUAUGGGAUCCGAGAAUAAAAUCGACGAUUUUGAUUGGUAUAACAAUGAUCGUCAAAUCCAACCACCGUUAACGUCAUCUUCUAUGCAGAAUCACAAUCAACAUCAACAUUCUAAAUUUCUCACUUUGCCUACCGUUUUAACCCUCGGUCGAGUCGCUGCCGUGCCGCUUCUUGUUGCCACAUUUUAUGUGGAUAGUUGGUGGGGAAGAACUGCUACAACAAGUAUUUUUAUUGUUGCUGCAAUUACUGAUUGGCUUGAUGGGUACCUUGCACGAAAGAUGAAGUUAGGCACGGCUUUUGGUGCGUUUUUGGAUCCGGUAGCUGAUAAGCUUAUGGUUGCUGCCACCUUGAUUUUAUUAUGUUCUAGACCUUUGGAAGUUGCAACGUUUGGAGAAGCACCAUGGCUAUUCACUGUACCUGCAAUUGCAAUUAUUGGCCGGGAGAUAACUAUGUCUGCAGUUAGAGAAUGGGCUGCUUCACAGAAUAGCAAACUUUUAGAGGCUGUCGCUGUAAAUAACUUGGGGAAGUGGAAAACUGCUACCCAGAUGAUUUCACUAACCAUCCUCCUGGCUACUCGAGACAGCAGUCUUGGAGGACCAGGGAUUUUAGUACCUUCAGGUGUCAUUUUGCUUUAUAUCUCAGCAGGUCUUUCUGUUGUGUAUGGUGUGGAGGAUGUAGAUGUUGAAACAGAAAGUCUGAUCAGAGCCAUUUAUAGUAUGGAUUUGAUGCCUCUUGGAUCAUUGAUGCCAUGGGUGGAUGCUGGAAGUAUCACAUUGUAA